AUGGCACCGCCCGUCAGCCGAGAAACAGUCAAGACCCAACUUCAGUGUGACGAGCGGACCCUUCGGCAACUUGUGAAGAACGUUACAGCUAAAAUGGACAACCUGAAGCUGUUAAAAAAGCCAGCAAAAGAUAAGCUGGAGAAAAAGGAGUGGCGACUGGCUAGCAAAACCGCGCUGGCACAGGUCUUCCGCAGUACCGACUACGACGAUCUUAGGACCCGUCGAACUGCUCGCGUGGAUAAAUACCUUGUCUGGUGCGCAUCAAGAGGUCGAACAAAAGGCGACAGCGCAUACGCCUCCGUCGAGUCCGAGUCCGACGAGUCUUCCUCCGGGGAGGACUGGCGUGUCGAGCGGAACAAGGACGACCCCGAGCGCACCGCAAGGCGCAAGGCUUCUGCAGGAUUAAAGAAGGCCAAAGAGGGCAAGGGCGAGAAGAAGCACGCGGUUGACAGGAAAUUCUUCUCAAGCGACGAGAACGGAGUUACAGAGGAGAUGUACGAUAUCGCCACAGAUCUGUACGACGAAGACAGCGAGGCCUAA